GUCUGUCUGCAGUUGGUGAGUUCAAAUCUGCUAAGGACUACAACAGUAGACAGAAGUCAAGAAAGAUGCCUUGGGUGUUCCUGUGGCAAACCAGUCCAAGCGAAAUGAAAGAAAAAAGCCAGGGGGUUGGAGAAGGCAAGGGUCACAAAAAAAAGAGCAAGCCUUUGGGUGUAGAACUGAAGAACUACUUUUUGUCUAUUGUGCCACACAUAGAAUCACCUGACAUCAAAUAUUCCACUUCCAAAGACGUAAUGCUUCCCGCAGAAGAGGUUACAAAGUGGUCGCAGUCCCUAGAAAAGCUUCUGGCAACCCAGUGUGGUCAAGAUGCUUUCAGAGAAUUUCUAAAAUCCGAGUUCAGUGAUGAAAACAUUGAGUUUUGGCUGGCUUGUGAAGACUACAAGAAAACCCAAGCUGAUUGUUUGCAUGGCAAAGCAGAGAAGAUUUACAAGGAGUUUGUUCAGAAUGAUGCCACAAAGCAAGUCAACAUUGACUUUUACACAAGAAAAGACAUCGCCAAGAAGGCUCAAGAUCCAACACCUUCAAGCUUCGAUGAGGCCCAGAGGCAUGUGUACAUACUGAUGGAGCGAGACUCCUACCCUCGAUUCCUCAAGUCCACAUUCUAUCGCAACCUUCUGGAUAAGGUUGACUGCAACAGUCUCAAGUGAGGAUCCACCGGGCGAGAGUCACGGAUGGGCUCUGAAUCUUGACAGAUGUUGACAUCAGUUUUAAGAGUGGCUGGAUGCCAGCGCACGAGAUGGAACAGGGGACCAAAGGAGACGUUGGAAAUGUCACCAACAUGGACUGGUUUGCAUGUGUGAUGAAGGUGCCUGGGUGGUUCUCUCUGAGAUGAAGUGGUUGAAAAGAAGAGAAGCCAUUAUGCCUUGGCACCACUGGACUAAAGACCGCUUCCUGCUGUGUUAGAAUUUUCUCCUUCAGGAAUGGCACUGCAUGUGAGCCUUGGUGCAGAUGUCGUUAUAAGGGAAGGACGUGUGUUUCCAUUCCUGCUCGUACAUAAAUAGGCCAAGCUCACGCCAUUCUCAUUACUUAACAGUGAUCACUUGCAGCUAGGUGUAUAAACUUACUCCCUUGAAAGGCAUUGCCAGUGCAGCAUUGCUAGUUGAUAUGAAAAGCUUCUCUCUUUCUCUCUCAUAAUCCAUGCACACCCAUGCAAACAACUCUUUGAUGCUUUAUUCGUGUGUGCACAAGAUCCAAAGGAACCAACAGCCCCAGGCAUAGAGUUCAGCAUGUGGCAGAAUUGGGUGCUAUCCUGGCCAUCUGCACUGAAAACAGGAAUCUGAGAGCAGCCUAAGAUAAGCCUGUGUAGUGUAUCUGCACAAGCAUUUCAGUUUGUGAUUCUGAACAAUAUCUGGCCGUCCUCCUCCCCUGCGCUGUUCUGGGAUUCCCCUGACACCCCCAGAGCCAUUUUGGGGGGAGGUGAAGGAGGAGAAAGGGGGAAA